AUGCUCAGGAUCAGAUUGAGACGGGUCGGCGCAAAGAACCAGCCGAGUUAUCGUAUAGUUGUGGCGGAUUCUAGGGCUGCGCGCGAUGGCGCGUUCGUGGACUAUCUCGGACACUACAAUCCGCGCACCGAUCCGCCCACCGUUGUGAUGGACGAAGAGAAGGCGCGCAAGUGGCUUAGUGUGGGCGCACAGCCUUCGGAUGCUGUGCAGCGCUUUAUCGACAAGAUGGGAGAUCCGGAAGAAGCGCCGACGGCUGAAGUUUCCGCCGAAGCCGAGCCGUCCGCAGAUGAAGAUGCGGAUGCUGCCGAGGUUACCGAGACAACUCCCGAGACCGAGACGGCUAGUGCCGAAUGA